GCAUUAAAUUGGCAACGAAUGCGACAUGUUUACUCCCGUCAUGGGCUACAGCGGAGGCGAAGGUGUUGCAUCAGGUGUGUGGCGUCUUCCACCUUAUUUCUCACAAUUACUCCCAUAUUUCUUGCACUUGAGCGACAUUUUUAAUAUCACUAGUCGAGAUGGAAAUGGCUGGCCAUGGGCGACCGAUUGUGGAUGCAGAGGAAGUGAAUAGAAUGGAGAGAUCAGUGUUUCCAGUUGCCCUCACCAGCCGUCUCCAGACUAACACUUGGCGCCAAGUGUUUACAUCUCUGCGACCUCUUGUAGCGCACACACGUCAGAGAACACUCAGUACUUACGCUCGCAGGCUUCACCAGCAACAACAUAGUAUUCAGUCCAGACGACCUCAGCACGAAGGUGAAGAGCAAGCACAUCUUUACAUUCCCCCACCAGACUUACAUGCUGAAACUAAUAGGGAAGGAAGAGGAACUGAGGGCAGACAUAAUGUCAUUAUUGACAUAGAGUCUGGUGACAGUCCAGUUAGACAUUCCCCAAACAUUCCUGGCAUUUCAGCUCUCUCACAGUUGGCACAUCCUGAACAACAUACUUCUAACCAUACUGCUGAGAAUGUUACUGCUUCUUCAGGUGCCUCCAAUGCCACUGAGAAUGAAAGUUCCUUCACUAUUUCUGCUGAAGCAAAUCCCCUGUUAUCAAAUGGAAAUUCAGAUGUAGCUGCACCUGUAGGAGAAAUUGGGAAUGUUGCAGAUACAACUGGUGGGGAUGGCACUGGUGCCUCUCCCAACCGUAGUGACGGUGAAUCUUUGACGGAGCUGCUCAGCCAGUUCCCAGAGGUUCGGAGUGGACUCUUGGUCGCCUGGCAAUACUGUAUCUUUUUCUUCAUAAUUCUUGCCAAAGCUGUGUUUGAUCAUGUGACUGGGCUGAUGGUCAUCCUAACAUUAAUUGUUGGGUUUUUAUGGAGUAACAAUAUUGUGAAGAAGGCAGUAGCCCAACAGGGUAGACGUCCCAUCAAACCACUUCUGGCAUUGCUAGUGAACCUACCAGCUGGUGUGUUCUUUCUCUACUACUCGUACCGAAAUGACAAGUUGUUCUACAGUGCUCUGCUAAUUCCUCCCGACCAUGAGGGGUAUGGAGUUAUGGACCUCAUGUGGAUUGUCAUUGUGUCCGACUAUGUUCUCAAGCUAGUGACGGUGCUUGUGAAGACAGUCAUUACUCUUAUGCCGCAUUCCAUCAUGCACUACCAGAAUAGGGGCAAAUACUUCUUGGUGGUUGAGAUGGGUUCACAGUUAUAUCGAUCCUUGGCUCCCAUCCAGCCUUGGCUGUCAUAUCUGCUUGAUGGAUAUGCUGGACCACGAAAAGUACUUGGGGUUUUCCUGUCAGCUACUUACAUGGUUUGUAAGGGUCCUGACAUCGUAGCCAAAAUGAAGUGCUUUCAGUCUGCAAUUGUCAAAUUUAUUCAUAGUGUGAAUUAUGGUUGCACUCCAAGCAAAUCUCAGCUUGAAGAUGCUGGAGGCCUGUGCCCAAUUUGUCAUGAUGAUUUCCUUCUACCAACCAUGCUCAGAUGUAAGCAUAUAUUUUGUGAACAGUGUGUUGUCACUUGGUUUGACCGAGAACGAACCUGCCCAAUGUGCAGAACGCAGGUAGCAGAUGAUCCAGCUUGGAGAGAUGGCAGCACUUCGCAUUUUCUUCAACUCUAUUAAUGUGAAAUGAUGGUAAACAAAGACAUGUGGAUGCUAUGUUACAUAUCCUAAAACCUAAAUUGUAUUAAUUUCAGAGAAGAUUUUUAAAUUUGUUUCUGUUAUUAUGGUGUUGUUCUUAACCUUUUUAUUGUGAUGCUUCCAUUUCAACUCUGGUUCCAUCUUGGGUCAAUAUGGGGUCAGAAAAAGGUUGUAGUUGGGUUUUAAUACAUUUUCUGUAAAAAAAAAAAAAGUUUUCCCAUUUUAUAAUAGGAAAUAUGGCCCAAGUAGCUUAAUUCCAGGCCAAAAAUGUUCCAAAGACACAUAUUAUAAUAAUGUAAUUACAAACAGUAUACAUACUGUACUGUCUGGAUUUUUAAAUUUUUAAUUUUUGUUGUAAUAAAGAUGUGUUCUCUCUAUAUAUACUAUACCAUGAAAAAUUGUUCAAAAAUUUUUUUUAGUUUAAAAAAAUAUAAAAAUAAAAAGGUAAAUUAAAACA